CCGUCGUUUGCUGAUGUCCGCACUGACUGAACUCCAUACCUUCCCCGCUCGUCUCCGGCCCGUCUGAUAACCCAUUUCCAGCACAGAGGCCAACCCAAAACCCAGUGGGAUGUCGCCCACAUCUGUUUCCACCACCCCCGGAGCGAGUGGGAAUCGUGAAGCUCCCACCCCAGGGAGCCGGACCCCAGAAGAAUCUCUUGAAUUACAUCCUCUUCAGCAGCCGCUGCCGAGGAUUGAGACUGCGGUGUACACGGAGCGACGCUGCCUGUGCGUAUUCAACGCCUUCACCGGCCAUUGGCCCCACGUACGGGUCAACUCCUUGGGAGUCUCGGCCGAUUCACCAGUUCCUGGUGUGUCAGACUGGCUCAGAGAAAUGUUCCUCGCCGCUGCUUUCUGGUCCGUUUGCUUCGUCACUGCGCAGAGGUUCUGCACAGGUUGCGGGACCUCAGCCGAACUAACAGUGCACCAGACCCAAGUGACCGGGGUCAUCAAUCAGUCUGUUCUUCUCCCUGUCUCCUAUGAGGCUGGAUGCCAACAUUACAUUAAGAUCUCCUGGAGAUAUGAAGCCUUCCCAACCUCAUUCCUGAUAUGGAGCUUCUUGAAUGUUUCGGGUAAUUACAGCCAGCACAUCUUUACCUGGAAUUCCUAUGGUCAACGCACAACUUUUUUCCCUGAAAAUGCUUCUGUGAUUCUUCAUAAUCUACAGCACAAUGACACCGGAACCUAUAUAAUAAAGAUCAAGGGGAAGUCAUGGUCAGCCACGGGUCAAAUCAAUCUGACGAUACUUCCAGAAGCAGUUGCCAAGGAACAAUCUGACGGAACGCAAGGUGCGAACAACUUCAGAAUUCCAAACAUCAUCAGACUUGCUUUGGGCUCUCUCCUUGUCUCUCUCAGCUUUACUGCAGCUUUAGUUGGAAACUUUCGGAAGUAACACUUGAUCGUUCUGCUCUAACUCAGUUUAGGACACUGUGCAGUGACAUACGUCAACAUGUGCGAGCCAGAGAAAAAGAGGGCAAUUUUAACCUAUUACCUUGCAGUGAUCAGUGCCUCACAGCUCCAGUGAAUCAAAUUCAACCCUGACCUCCGGCACUGUCUGUGUGUGUGUGUGGAGUUUGCACGUUCUCCCUGUGACCACGUGGGUUUCCCCUAGGCGCUCCGGUUCCCUCCCACAUCCCAAAGACGUGUGGGUUGGUGGAUUAAUUAUCUACAGUAAAUUGCCCAGUGUGUAGGUGAGGGGUAGAAUCUGGGGGAAGUUGAUGGGAAUGUGAGGAAAAUGUGUUUGAUGGUCAGCCAGUGGACCAAAGGGCCUGUUUCUAUGCUGCAUCUCUUUUUCUGUGACUCUAAAUCACGUCGUAAUUGGAAUACAAUUGUUAGAAUUGUGUGUGACACAUUGGGUGUGGGUGAUUCAAAUUUAACCUGAUUCACCUGAUGGGAAACCAGAAAUAUCUCAAGCACAACAAUUGUUUUAUUUGGCCUUGUGUGGGUGACUGGGGGCAUUUUAGCUCAAGUAAAUUGGUUCAUUAUUGUCACAUGUACCAAGGUACAUGAAAAACUUGUUUUGCAUGCCAUCCAUACAGAUCAUUUCACCACAUCAGUGCAUUGAGGUAGUACAAGGGAAAACAAUAACAGAACGCAGAAUAAAGUGUUACAGUUACAGAGAACAUGUAGUGCAGGUAGACAAUAAGAUGCAAGGCCAUAACGAGGUAGAUUGUGAAGUCAAGAGUCCACCUUAUCAAACUAGGGGACUGGUGGAAAACCAAAGUUACCCCACCCCAAACCAAUAUUACAGUUCAUUGUGGUAAACAAAUACAGGACAAUUAUAAUAACCUUCCACUUCUCUUUCUCCAUGUAUUAAUACUCAUGUAGCCGAAGGAAGACUGGAUGGGCACAUCUGUCUUUGAAUGUUACUUGGCUUGAUGCCAGUGAUCAGUAUGGGAUUUAAUUAAUAGGUCCACAAAGUUAAUGUCAGUCAUGUUAUUUUAAGUAUUUAGGACAAGAGAUCUUUAUCAGUGACACGUACAUUGAAACACACAGUCAAAUGCAUCUUUUGCGUAGAGUGUUCUGGGGGCAGCCCGCAAGUGUCGCUACGCUUCCAGCACCAACAUAGCAUUCCACAACUUCCUAACCCAUACGUCUUUGGAAUGUGGGAGGAAACCCACACAGACACAGGUUUAUAUAUCAAAUGUGUAAAGAUGACCCUUGUCUAACUCAACAUUCUGUAGUUGCGCAUUUGUUUGCUAAGCUUAAAUAUUGGCUACUUUUCUGUCUCGUAUUUAACAUUGAAGUCAGGAAACAUAAUUUUAAUAGGUGCGAAAUGAGUUGCCAGCAAAUACUAUUGACACAGCCUUCACACCUACCUGCUGCCCAAUACACUUGUGAGCCUUGUGGCAGGAAGCUGCUGGGCUUGUAGAGUUAUUAAGGCUUAUCUUCUCUUCUAUUCUGGUUAUGACAAAGGCCCUGUGCCACAUCAACCCUCUUCACCUCUCAACCUAGGGGUUCGAGAUAAGCCAAUGCUUAAAUGUGGUGUAUUAAAACCAGAAAAUGCUGGAAAAAACUCAGGUGGCAUCUGUGGACAGAAAACAGAGUUAAUGUUUCAGGCAUGAGAUGCUUCAUUAGAAU